AUGUCCCGCCUUCGAGACUUUCUUCCAGAGCAGACCACCCUCGUCAUCGAAGCAGUGACGAAUGCCAUCCCUCCUGGAACACUGUUCGGAACCGGCGCCGGUGGGCUAGGAUGGCUUGGAGGCGCUGCUCUAGGUGUCAAGCUUGCAAAGCCUCAGGACUUUGUCUGUGCAGUUGUUGGAGAUGGAACUUUCCUAUUCUCACAGAUGGAAAGCACAUUUUGGAUCGCGAAACGCUACGACAUUCCUAUUUUACUCAUCGUUCUCAACAACGGCGGUUGGAAUGCGCCCAAGGUGUCGGCUCUACUGGUCCACAAAAACGGGUAUACUUCUCAACAUAAUAGAAAAGAUGUCAACAUCUCCUUCGAACCGUCUCCAGAUUACGUGGGAAUAGCCGCUGCCGCAGGGAAUGUCUGGGGCGGCAGCAUUAAGGAGAUCCACGAAGUCGACGCUGUCCUCAAAGAAGCGGUCAGCGUCGUGAAGGCUGGUAAAUCUGCUGUUGUCGAAAUCCGGUAA